UCUAUCGGUCCAUCGUUCGGUAAUCCUUAAUUAAUGUAAACAUUUUCCCUGGAUAUUUUAGAGGAGAAAGUUUGGGUUUUGACGUGUGGUGUGUGUAAAGAAAAAUUCGAAGAUGAAAAAUCUUUGAGGCACCACGAAUGGAAGUUAAACCAUAAGACGACUCGUCAACUCCCAACGUGCCGCUGGUGUCAAAGAACUUUCCAACGAGACAAAGAUUUGAAGAAACACGAAUUAAAUCAUCAGACCAUUGACCUCGCAAAGUUUAAAUGCACCCUUUGCUAUGAGAUGUUUAAGACGGAAAAGCACUACAACUACCAUAUGGAAGCUAAGCAUGGACCAGAUGGACCAAAAGAGCCGGACCCCAACCGACCUCUAGUCUGCGAUUCUUGCGGGGAAACUUCACCAAGCGAAGAGAAACUAGCUGAGCACAAAAAGUCCCACACUGGAGAAACGUCCUGCCACUUUUGCGGGUCAUUCAUUGGCCAUAUUGCGAAUAAGAGAAGGCAUAUAAGAGACUAUCACAAAGCUGAGCGGUAUAAUUCACAAAAUGAGAACCGCUAGCGAACUGCAAAAUUUUGGAAUGAGAAGAAAACGUGAC